CUUACCAUUAUGAUAUGUUAGCUUUAUUUCAGCUAUAGGACCCUAUAUAAGACAAUCUUUCCAACUUCUCCUCCUCACUUUAAUUUAGCUCUCAAUUAUCCAUAACCAUGGCUUCCAUUGACAAUCCCGGUGCCGCCGCCGCCUUCCUCGUGCUCCUCUUCUCCUCUCUCACCUUGGUGGCACAACCGUCCGCCGGCGCUCUGGUCGAGGACCGGCCGCUUGUGCUCAAGUAUCACAACGGCACCGUUUUGAAGGGCCCAAUCACCGUCAAUCUCGUCUGGUACGGAAAAUUCACCCCCGCCCAACGCUCUAUAAUCCUCGAUUUCAUUCAAUCACUCGGCUCGAUCCACGCCCCGUCCCCCUCCGUCGGCUCGUGGUGGAAGACCACGGCCAAGUACGACGGCGGCGUCUCCGGAUCCACCGCCAUCUCCGUCGGGAAACAGAUUAUCGACGAGAAUUGCUCGCUCGGUAAGAGCCUUAGGGAUUACCAGAUUAGGUAUUUGGCCUCCAAGGCCGGGCCGGGCGUCCGGGUCGGGUCGGUCAACGUUGUGUUGACCGGGAAGGAUGUAUACGUGAACGGGUUCUGUAUGAGCCGGUGCGGGACCCACGGGUCGACGGCGGGUAAGGACCGGGUCGCGUACGCCUGGGUGGGCAACUCGGAGACUCAGUGUCCGGGUCAGUGCGCCUGGCCGUUCCACCAGCCGAUCUACGGCCCGCAGACGCCGCCGCUGGUGCCUCCGAACGGAGACGUCGCCGUCGACGGGAUGAUCAUCAACCUCGCCACCGUCCUCGCCGGAGCAGUGACCAACCCGUUCAACAACGGGUAUUUCCAGGGGCCGGCGACGGCGCCGACGGAGGCGGUAUCCGCCUGCACGGGGAUGUUCGGGUCCGGGUCGUACCCGGGAUACCCGGGCCAAUUGUUGGUGGACAAGACCACCGGAGCGAGCUACAAUGCGUACGGAGUGAAUGGCCGGAAAUUCAUGCUGCCGGCAAUGUGGGACCCGCAGGUGUCGGCAUGCUUGACGCUCGUGUGAUGUGGACAAAGGAGAUAUGUUAGGUGGGGCCCGUCGGAAGGGGUACGGUCCUCUGCUUGCGUCUCCACGAAUGUAAAAUUGUACUCGUAAAUUGUAAGGACGCAAUGUAUUUUUUCUUUUCUUUUGGUCCGUUUCGAUGGAUGCCUGUAAAAAAAGUUCUCUUGCAAUUGAAAUACGCAAAAAAAUUUAAAAAAAAAAGUAAAAAAUGGAAAUCCAU